GUGGGCCUCGCCCAGCGUCGGGCCGUGGCCUGGGGCUGGGGUUCGCUCGCAGGCCGGCGAUGGGCGCGGGUUUCCUGCGGCCGCUGAGCGAGGCGCAGCUGAAGCGGCUGGAGGAGCACCGGUACCGCGCGGCGGGCCGCACGCUGCUCGACCCGCCGCUGCAGCUCUUCUGGGGCUGGCUGCUGGGGCUGGUGCCCACCUGGCUGGCGCCCAACGCCAUCACCCUGCUCGGCCUCGCCACCAACCUGCUCAGCACCCUGCUGCUGGUCUACUACUGCCCCGGGGGCACCGAGCAGGCACCAGCUUACGUGUACGUGUUGUGUGGCGUGGGAUUAUUCAUUUACCAGUCUUUGGAUGCCAUUGAUGGAAAGCAGGCUAGAAGGACCAACAGCAGCUCUCCACUUGGGGAGCUGUUUGACCAUGGUUGUGAUUCCUUUUCUACAGUUGUGGUUGGCUUGGGCAGCUGCCUGGCCGUUCGCUUGGGAACAGAUUCUGACCUGAUGUUUUUCUGCUGCUUUGUCGGGCUGUUCCUUUUCUACUGUGCUCACUGGCAAACCUACGUCUCAGGGUCCCUACGAUUUGCAAAAAUUGAUGUAACUGAAGUUCAAAUCUGCAUAAUGCUCAUCUUUUUCUUGUCUGCCAUUGGAGGAGCAACACUUUGGGACAAUGAGAUUCCAGUAUUAGGAAUGAGAAUGAAAAUUGUCCCAGUGUUUGGGAUAAUAUUGGGAGCAAUCUACUCGUGUACCAAUUACUUCCGGGUCAUCUUUACUGGUGGGACAGGCAAAAAUGGCUCCACAAUCGCGGGCACCAGUGUUCUAUCACCAGCCUUGCACAUUGGGCUUGUUAUAAUACUGGCGGUAAUGAUCUACAAGAAAUCCACUACACAUUUGUUUGAGGAGCACCCUUGUCUCUAUGUCUUAAUGUUUGGAUGUGUGGCUUCGAAAGUCACAAACAAGUUAGUGGUGGCACAUAUGACAAGAAGCAAGAUGAAACUACAAGACACGGCAUUCAUCGGGCCCGGGCUGUUGUUCUUCAAUCAAUACUUUGAUAGCUUUCUUAAUGAAUAUAUUGUACUGUGGAUAGCAAUGAUGCUGUCCCUAUGUGACCUGCUGACUUACUGCACAGCUGUCUGCGUUCAGAUUGCCUCGCACCUCCACAUCGAGAUCUUCCGAAUCCCACAGCAAGCUCCGGAUCAGGUUCAGAGCCACCAUGAGUGACAGUUUGCCCAACAAGGGGAGGAACGCUUGGAGAGGCAGUACAAUGAGUGAAACCAAACCCUGAUCAUGCACUAAACCAACAUGUCCUUAUUAGUUUUGGCUUAUGUAAUUAUGACUUAAAUUAUUUCAAUAUUUUGAUGAAUGAGAAGCAUCUGUUGUACCUCCCCGCCCACCCAUCAGUGCCAAAGGAGUGUGUGCAAAAUCUUACCUCUUACAGCAGAUCUUUAACACAGCUCAGCAAUGGUUGCACUUUAACACUCAAGUUUAUACACAAGGCUCCACUGCAGGGUUCUGUGGGGGCUCUUCCAUUAAAUAUAAGAAAUUAGCAACUAUGCUUCCUAAAUUUAAUCUUUGAAAGCCGAUUGCAGUUUAACAAAAGAUUCCGAGGACAAAUUUCAGCCCCUGCGAAUGCCGUGAUCCUUCCUGUGAGUGUUCAGUGCAUCACAGUACACAAGCACAGUAAAUCUGAAGGCAAUUUGAGGGCAGAACUCCCCGUGAGUGGUGAGCUGAGCAAACACCAACCAACUCCACACUAAAACUCGAGGCCCAGUGAACUUUUCGGGCUUGCAUGGGGAAGCGAGGAAAUUAAUCAAAUCGGAUUCCUUCCCGGGUUGAGCUCUGAACCAGUAGAAUCAAGGUAGCCAUUUUAUCCACCAACAACUUACUGUCAAACUAGUUAGCUUCCUUUUAUAGAAUGAUAGAGACACAGGGGUGAAACGAGAAGGUCAGCUGACCUGUCCUUCUCAAGGAAAGAUUGUGUUUAUACCCAUAACCAGUUGAAGGCUAACACUGGUUUGAAAGUAAAUUUCCUCCUAAUGGGCAAAUUUCUUUGAGUCAGUGUAACCCUCUGCUGUGUACCUCUCAUGCACUAUUUUAAUUUUGUUCUGUAUGACAGCUUUAGAGAAAUGAUUGCAAUGUGGCAGAAACUCCAUGUCAGUUAUAAGUAUUAAACCAGUUUCUCCCUGUAGAAACCUUUUUACACAUCUGUGAUAGUUUUAACCCCAUCUCUGGUACUUGCAGGAACGUGUUAAACAUGUUGCAGACUGCUACCUGAUUAAAGCUCCAACAACCUAUUCUGAUUGUUAAUCAAUCAAAUAUAGUGGAAGGGCAGGGGAGCUGGGUAGCUGCUGAUUAUUUUCUGAUCUAAGUAGAAAGUUUGAAGUUGGACAGUCACAGGCUUCAAUGUUUUAGACAUGACCAGUUCCAUGUAACGUGAGGGUCAGAAGUGUAGACUAACCAUUCCUUUGUGGGCAUUAAAUCAAAAUCCUGUGUGACUGCACAGUGGGAGCACCUUCACACAGUGCAGUGGUUGAAGGCUACCAACACUUUAUCGAAGGGAUUAGGGAUUAAAUGCUAAUGAUGCCCACAUCCUGUGAAUUUUUGUUUUAAACUACCGAAACAAACAAGUAAAUCAUGUAAGUGAUUAGUAUUAAAUCAAGUUUAAGUGGGAUCAAGAUGCCGUCUCUUCUGAGUAUUAGUUAAGAUAGCUUAGGUUGCUGGUUUACAUUGUUGCUUAGUGCAGGCUACAUAGUGGAGUUAUGAGAUAGCAGUCCAGUAAAUUAAUCGGAUGUAGUGUUGCUCAAUGUAUAAUUGAAUUUUAUAAAGUGGACUUCCUCAGGAUGUGAUAUUUAUAUGCUGCAAUUUUGUGCUUUCUGGGUGGGAAGUAUAUAACUGGUUCAAUGAAUGCCAAAUCUUGUAUUCUCUUUCCAUCUUUUCAAUUAAACUAAAAGUCAAACAUAUAUAAA